AUGGGUAUGGCGGAGAUGGGUCUCUCGCGUGAAACCCUAGCCCCUUUGGGCCCAGAACUCUCCAGCACACCCUCAAAAGUCUCACACUCGAGCAGCCUUGGCCCGAGCUAUAUCUCGUCCCCCCUAAGGUCAACUACGUUGCUCGACAAAAUCCACAAACAACAACAAUCAAACAGCGGGUCGUUUCAAGCCGUGGACCCCAACAACAGUACCCCUCACCCAGAAACUCUCCUCGGGCGCUUCCUACUCGCCGUCAAAAGCGUCCUCUCUUCUCGCAUAGUCAACGUCCUACUUGUGUUUGUUCCUAUGGGCAUCACAGUUCACAUGGCACGCAUGCCAGUCGGCAUAAUACUUGUCAUGGAUGUCAUUUCUAUCGUGCCACUGGCUUCCCUCCUGCUCUUUGAUAUCGAGACUGUGGCUGACCGCUUGGAUGAUACCGCCGGUGCCUGGAUGAACAUCGCGUUUGGACAUGCCGUCGAGUUGAUAAUCUUGAUUAUUGCCCUCGGCAUUGAACACAUCUGCAUUGGCCGGCUGUCACUUGUGGUUUCGGUUUUGGCCAACUUCCUUUUGGUCCUACGCAUGUGCUACUCCCGUCUUCGAUUCGGAGAACAGCUGUACAACAGGAUGGCGACCCAGAUGAACGCCUGCCUUCUCGCUGUAACCAUGACCAACCUACUUCUACCGUCAGCAUUCCAUGUCUUGUUCAGCAUCAACGCGGCCGCAGACGGCAGGGUUGCCGGGAUCAACCGGGGCACGAGUAUCAUUGUGUUGGUGGUUUACUUCGGAAACCUCAUUGAAGGGAUCGAAGCCCUCCAAAGGUUAGGGAGGGACCUCCAGCAACGCGGGAGGCAAGAGCCGCCCCAGAAACCACCACUGCCCUUCUUACCGGACCACCUAACAACCCUCGCUGCCCGACCCUCAAACCAAAACUCUCCGUCGACGGCACCGGGGGGUUCCGGUCCCAGCGUUCGCCGAGCACAGUCAGAGCCUUCCAACCGCCAGAACAACCACGACACCCAAGGCCCUACGAGGCGCCUGAUAAUCAGCAACCCGGAGUCCGACAACCCCCAACGCCUCCGCCCCGUCGCCAUCCAUCAGCAACACCUGGUCUCGUACGCAUCAGUCACUCUCUUCCUCCUCAUGCCCACCGUCAUGCUCGUCUUCAACGCCUGGUCCAUGCUUUCCUGGGUCGACAGGACGGUGUUGCUCUCAACGGCCAGCGGCUCGACACUCCAGCUGAUGGACAAGGCCAUCGGAGUGGCGGCCAGCGACGUUCUCCCGAUCUUGCUCCUCUCGUCGCCGGCGGUCAUUCUGGUGCUGCCACGUUCCUGUUUGAAAUGUUUGGUGAUGGAGGGGAGGGGCACUUAUCGGCAGCGCAUCAUGUUCUAUGCUCUAUCUGUGGGGACUAUUGUGGUGACCGUCAGCCUUGAGCCGUAUCUCAAGGCGGUGAAGGUGAACGAGCUGGGAGAGGGCAGAUGA